CCCUUCCCGCGGGCACCACCUGAGGGGCGGGGUCACGCGCGGCGGAUGGAUACACCACCUGCAGUGGCCAGGUGCCCUCAUCCGCGGGCACCGCUCCGUGCCCUCCUAAAGCCAGGACGGCGGUUUUUGUUCUCUGGGAGGCGCCGCGAAGGCGCGAUGCCGCGGCGCCGCCCUAGGGGACCCGGCGGACUAUUUGUCACGCCCGGAAUAGGGACUGUGGUGGCCGGGUGGGCGUGUGCGCGCGCCACCCGGUAGCGGGCGGGAGGGAGGCGGAGGCGUCCGCGCCGCAAGUAGAUCCGGUUGAGGAAGUCGGCGCUCGCGGCCGCCGGUUCCCGUGGCCGCGCCAGGGCAGGAGCGCUCCCGGCCCCGCUCCAGCCCCGCUCCAGCCCCGCCAUGGCUACCCGCUCCUGCCGCGAGAAGGCGCAGAAGCAGAACGAGCAGCACCAGGCCAUCCUGGCCAAGCUGCUGCGGGAGGAGGACAACAAGUACUGCGCGGACUGCGAGGCCAAGGGACCAAGAUGGGCUUCUUGGAACACCGGUGUUUUUAUCUGUAUCAGAUGUGCUGGAAUACAUCGAAAUCUUGGGGUUCAUAUAUCAAGGGUCAAGUCUGUCAACUUGGAUCAAUGGACACCAGAGCAAAUACAGUGCAUGCAAGAAAUGGGAAAUACUAAAGCAAGACUACUCUAUGAAGCUAAUCUGCCAGAGAACUUCCGAAGACCUCAAACAGAUCAAGCUGUGGAAUUUUUCAUCAGGGAUAAGUAUGAAAAGAAGAAGUAUUAUGAUAAAAACGCAGUUAAUGCCUUCAAUAUAUCAUCUGAUGCUGCUCAGCCUUUGGCAUCUUCUCCUUCUCUGCAAGCUGCUGCUGAGAAGAGCAAAGCAGAGAAGGAAAAAGAAAAAAAGAAAGAAGAGAAAAAGAAAGAGAGAGAAUCAGAAAAACCAUCAAAACAGUUAACAGCCGAAAAGCCACAGAAGAAAGAGGAUCAGCAAUCAGAAGCUAAAGCAAGUCCAAAAAAGUCAUCAGAGCCCACAAUUGACCUUUUAGGACUUGAUGGUCCAGCUGAAGCAUCUGUUACAAAUGGAGGCACUGCUGCUGUCACAGCACUGAAUGAUGACCUGGAUAUCUUUGGCCCAAUGAUCUCUAAUCCUUUACCAGCAGCUGCAGUACCUCCUGCUCAGAGCACUUCCAGCACUAAACCAGCAACUGCAACCUUGUCUGGAGCAGCCGGGGAUCUUGAUCUGUUUACUGAGCAAACAACAAAAUCCGAAGAGUCAGCGAAGAAACAACUCUCCAAAGACUCCAUUUUAUCACUGUAUGGCACAGGAACAAUGCAGCAGCAAAAUGCUCCGGGUAUGUUCAUGGGGUCGUCUUCUAUGCCAUUUACCACACAACCAUCAACUCACUUUCAAGGCUUUCCAACCAUGGGAGUUCCUGUGCCAGCAGCAACUGGGAUGAUGGGAAAUAUGAUGGGACAAUCAGUGCCAGUCAUGGGACAAAGCACAGGCGUGAUGGUAGGAGUGGGAAUGCCCAAUGGAUUUACUGGUACUGCACCAACUGGUGUGAUGGGACUUCCUCAAACUGUCGUUGGACCUCAAGGUGGAAUGGUGGGACAGAUGGUCACACCACCACAAAAUAAGUAUGGAUUGCAACAAAACCAACAAGCUCAAUGGAACCUCUCUCAGAUGAAUCAGCAAAUGGCUGGAAUGAACCUCAGCAGUUCCAGCAACGUGAUGGGCUUUGGCCAGCCCCCCAGCACAGCUGCAGGAUGGACUGGAAGCUCCUCUGGCCAGACUCUCAGCACACAACUGUGGAAAUGAAAGUUGCAAUAGAAAUCUUUCCCCAAACAGCCACCUAACAUUCCUUGUUCAAAUACAUUUACUUUUGCUGUUCCUUCCAUGUACAUAUAUAUUCUUUUUCUUUUUCCCCAGCUGUUCAGAUUAAGAAUAUAACUGACUGACCGUGUUGUGGUCUAUAUUGAUUUAAAUUUGAUGUAGUGAAAAGCAGAUCAAGAAUAUAUUUAUACAUCAUUGGAAGCAUUUUCAUACAAUGCGUAUGAUUUCAUAGACCAUAUUAAGAAGCUGCUUAACCACAUACUGAUUUUUUUCCCUCAAAAUUCUAGAUCAAAUGUUUGCAUAUAAGGGAUGUAGCUAUCAUGUUAGUAAUAUCCAAAAAUAUGAACCCCAACCCCCCCAAAAAUUACCCAGUAAUCCUGUAGAAGGUACUGUAUGAACAAAUGUUUAAUCAUAUAUAAAUAGAAUGUAAAUGUAUCACUGAGCAAUGUUUUCUAGUGUAUCAAACAAAUUUUGUUUCAUCAUACAUUUCACUGUGAUGUUGUUAUGGUGUGCAUAACAGGGAAUGUGGUUAUUGAAAGAAAGAUAAACCUGGAUGUUACUGUAGUUCUACAAAUCAAUAGUUUAUUCUUUUAAAUAUGAGCAUUUGAUGCAUUUGAGUUUCCUGUGGUAAGGUCUCCAACCUGGCUCAGGAGGCAGGCGCACAGUGUUAAAGCUGAGAACUGACAGCACAAUAUGCAUUCAAGGUAACUCAGUGUGAACAGAUAUAUUUUGUCUUGCAGAGAGAUCCAGGUUUAUGACAGUGAUUGUGUUUACAUUUUAUGGUGCCUCGUAAUGAUAAAAUGUUAUUUCCCUAUAUUAAAAGGAUAAAUCCGUAAA